UGUCCUGCACUGAGGCUGCGCGGUGCCUACCUUCCUCUAAGCUCUGGCCUGCUUCCCUGGCUCUGCUCCGAGCGCGUUUUCCCAGCCCCACCAUGUGGAGCCGACUGCAGGGCCGCCUCCGGCCGGUGGGCUGUGGGGUGGAGGAGCUACGGCGUCGCCGGCGAGAGCGGGAAGCAGCACUGCGGAUUGCGCGGAGGGAGCAGCAGCUGGUCAGCAAGAGGCUGCUGAGAGAUGUCACCCCGGAGGAAGCUGAAGAGGGAUAUGUGAUUGGGAUCCUCGGGGAAGCCGAGAUCCAGCAAUUCCUGCAGUUAGCCAAGCGGGGGACAGAGGAAAAGGAGAGACAGAGGGCUCUGGUCCGCCUUCGUCGGGGCUUACAGCACCCUGAGACGCAGCAGAUCUUCAUCUGGUCAGUGCUGGAGGGCAGCAUGCAGACCCUGGUCGGACUCCUGACCAGCAGCCAGGCCCUGCUGCAGCUCGAGGCGGCUCGGUGCCUUCACGAGCUCUCUCACUCGGAACAGUCUGCGGUAGCUGAGGCCUGCCUGCCAGCCACGUCCUACCUUCUGACCUACCUCUCCAGUCACAGCUCAGACUUUAUAGAACUCUGUCUGUAUACACUGGGAAACCUGAUCGUGGAAAGUGAAGCUGUGAGAAGGCAGCUGCUGCCACAGGGCAUUGUUCCAGCCUUGGCUGCAUGCAUCCAUUCCCCACAUCUGACUGUGCUGGAAGCCCUUGGAUAUGCCUUGUCCCAGCUUCUGCAGGCUAAGGAAGCUCCUGACAUGAUCAUCCCCACUUCUUUUGCUGGCAGCUCUGUCCUGGGCUCCCCUCUCCCCCAGCACAUGCUGCGACUGUUGCAACCUGGUCCAAAGCUGACCCUUGGGGUUGCUGUGGAGUUUGCCUGGUGCCUUCACUACAUCAUCUGCAGCCAGGUCAAUAACACCCUGCUCAUCACCCAUGGGGCUUUGUCCACUCUGGGGCUACUGCUGUUGGACGUUGCUGGGGCUGUCCAGAGAACCGAGGAUGCAGGACUGGAGCUGGUUGCAUGCCCUGUGCUUCGGUGUCUAAGCAACUUGCUAACGGAGGCAGCAGCAGAGGCUGUGGAAGAGCAAAUGCAGCUCGGAGAUGAGCGUGUCAUGGCAGCCUUAUUUAUCCUUCUGCAGUUUUUCCUGCAGAAACAGCCCAGCCUGCUUCCGGAGGGCCUCUGGCUCCUUAACAACCUCACUGCAAACAGUCCCGGUUUCUGUACCUCCUUGCUCUCCCUGGAUCUGAUUGAGCCCCUCUUGCAGUUGUUGCCAGUAUCUAAUGUGGUCAGCGCGUUGGUGCUCACAGUUCUGUGCAACGUUGCAGAGAAGGGUCCUGCUUACUGCCAGCAUCUGUGGCCAGGGCCCCUGCUCUCCUCUUUGCUGGGCAUGCUGGCCUUGUCCGACACUGAAGUUGUAGGCCAGAGUUUGGAACUGUUGCAACUGCUGUUCCUCUAUCGGCCAGAGGCUGCCCGGGCCUUCCUGCAGGAAUCAGGGCUGCAGGCCCUGGGAAGGCAUGAGGCAGCGGCACAGCUACAGGAUCGUGUGCAUGCUCUCCAGCAGACAGCUCUUCAUGGGUGACGUGGCUUCUCAGUGUCACUCACACCACUCUGCACCCCUGCCCCCUCCCCCCAAGUGGGGGCUUCCUUGCUCACAGAGCCCCUUUUGGGGGUUUAGAACCAUAAUGUCGUCUCAUGCUCUCUGCUCCCACACCUAAGCCUAAGCCAAAACCUUUGGACCCCAGCUCCUCUUCUUUCACCCAGUGUGGUCCAGGCAGGAGGACCAGAGGGAACUUGAUAUUGUCGCAUUCAUAUGGGGCCCUGGAAUCCCCUUUUUUUGCUCCAGCAGCUGGUGGCUUUUGAU